CCGACGAUUCAUUAACAGUUGACGCAAAAACAAAGACAAAGCAAUGGCUAUUUCCGUACGAUUAAUUUUAGCCUUAGUUUGCUGCACGACAAUAGAGUUUCAAAGUUUGACGGCGCUAGAGGACCGAGAAGAAUUACUCAAAGCUUUCGAAGAUAACGAUGACGAAUGGCGAACACCGCGUUUGGGCGAUGAAAUAAUUGAACUCAAAGAAAUUGUCCCUCGACGUGGAAGGGAAUACCUACUUGGACCAAGACGAGGAAGAGAUGAAAUAAACCAAGAUUACUUCGACAUAGGAUCUAGACGAGGAAGAGACGAAAUCAGUGCACCCAGACUGGGAAAGGACGAGAUCACUGGCCCAAGAAGGGGACGUGAUGAAGUCACUGGUCCAAGGAGGGGACGCGACGAAAACAGUGGACCUAGACGAGGAAGGGACAAGAUCAGUGGCCCAAGAAGGGGACGCAAUGAAAUCAGUGGUCCCAGAAGAGGAAGAGACGAAAUCACAGGUCAAAGAAAGGGGCGUGACGAAACCGUUGGCCCUAGACGAGGAAGAGACGAAAUCAGAGGUCCCAGACGAGGAAAAGACGAGAUAACUGGUCCAAGGGGACGUGACGAAAUCAAAGGACCUAGAAGAGGAAGAGACGAGAUCACUGGGCCUAGACGAGGUAGAAAUGAAGUUCUGCGUCCUAAACUUGGACGGGAUGUAGUAAAUCUUGGCCCAAGAAGAGGAUAAGAAUCUUAACAACAAUAAAGAACGGUAUAUUUUUGAAGAGAAAAAUCACCAAAUAAAACGUGAAAAACAAUCACAAUAAAACGAAACACUGAAAUAAAGUAAACACUGCCAUGUUGAAAUUUUCUAUAAUCGAUAGUCUUAUAUUUUCAAAUUAACCAUUAAUUAAGUGUAAUGUUAUUCUGCGAAAAUUGACAAUGCUCAGUAAAUAUGAAAUUCGCUUCA